GUCUGGCGAUUCCCAUAUCUGGCGCAGAAGAAUGGCGGAGCCGUCGAAGGGAUACCCGUUUUCUACUUAGAGUUAGCCAUCGGUCAGCGGUUACGUAAGGGUGCGAUCGGGGCCUGGAAUCUCAUCUCAGUCUACGGGGGAGGCAUUGGGAUCGCCAGCGCUGUCGUGUCGUUCAAUGUGGCCCUCUAUUACAAUACAAUCAUCGCGUGGUGUAUAUUCUACUUCUAUCAUAGCUUCCAAAACCCACUUCCAUGGAGUGAUUGUCCGCCCAAGAAGUUAGGCAACGACUCUUAUAUGAGGCCAACAGAAUGCGAGUCCAGAAGCGAACUUCCGAUCGGAGAGAAGUUGGAGUUAAGGGAACUGAAGGGUCGACUAGUGAUGGAAAACGGGAGACCAUUAAGUUAUGGCACAACUAAUGUCGCCUUUGAAGACGACGACGAAAAUACUAGCAUUGAUAGCAAUAUAUCACCGUCAAAAAUAAUGACCGCAGACAUGGCUGUGGCCGACGAUAGGGCACCGUUUCAGGACCCAGAAGACGGUCGGGAGUCGUGGGACAGCAAAUUGCAGUUCAUGUUAGCCACCAUUGGAUACGCUGUGGGACUCGGAAAUGUAAAUUAUGGUGAUUUCUCAUUUACGCCACUUUUGAUUUGC